AUGAGAUUCGCCGUCGUCUUCCUUUCGUCCAUUGCUCUCGCCCUCGGCCAGACCUUGACCGUCAACACUCCGAUUAAUCCCAUCGGCUGCGUCAACCAACAGGUUACCUUUACCGGCGGUACUCCCCCUUACAUCCUCCAGGUCAAUGCCUACCCACCCUCUAAUGGCCAGCAGCCCUUGAACACGUACUCUGGUAUUACCGGCAGCCCCUUCACCUGGCUCGUCGAGCAAAGCCCAAAUACCAGCGUCUUCAUUCGUCUUCGUGAUAGCAGCGGUCUUACUGCAGAGACUGGCCAGAUCAACAUCGUCAGCGGUGGCCCUGCUACCUGCAGCCCAGCAAGCUCCUCGUCGGGUGCCUCUACCCCCGGUAGCUCUGCUGGCGGUAGCACCCCACCUGCCUCGACUCCUGGUGGUAGCUCGACCCCGGCUCCUGCUCCUGGAAGCAGCACUCCUCCUGCCUCGUCUGGCGCUGCCUCGAGCACCACCCCCCGUGCCAGCUCGACCUCUACUCCCAACGGUGCCGUCUCUGUCAAGGUCGCUGGUGCUUCCGUCGUCGGAUUCGCUGGCCUCGUUGCUGCUGCCGUCUUGGCAUAA